GCCCCGUCACCCUCCCUCUGGGGCGGGCGCACGGAGCCCCGGGCUGCAGCCGAGGCAGAUGCGAGGGGACGCGGAGCGGCCAGCGAGCCGGGCACAUGCAGGGCUCGGUGCGGAGGCGGCAGUUCCCGCCGGCGGCCCCGGGCUCCCAGCAGCCGGGCGGGUCCUUCUACCAGGGCAGGCAUGGGUCAGCCAAGAAUGAAGACACGUUUAAGACUUCUCAGUUUCAUUUUGACCUGUGGUUCUACUUCACUCUACAGAACUGGGUGUUGGACUUUGGCCGUCCAAUAGCUAUGAUUAUUCUACCUUUAGAGUGGUUUCCAUUAAACAAACCUAGUGCAGGAGAUUAUUUUCAUAUGGCUUACAAUGUUAUCACACCAUUUCUUCUUUUAAAGCUCAUUGAAAGGUCCCCUAAGACCCUGCCCAGAUCAGUGGUCUACGUCAGCAUCAUCGUGUUUGUCAUGGGAGCGAGCAUCCAUCUGGUGGGCGACUCCGUCAACCACCGUUUGAUUUUCAGCGGGUACCAGCACCAUCUGUCCGUAAGAGAGAACCCAAUCAUCAAAAACCUCAAGCCGGAGACGCUGAUUGAUUCUUUUGAGCUGCUGUAUUACUACGAUGAAUACUUAGGGCAUUCAAUGUGGUAUAUUCCUUUCUUUCUCAUACUCUUUAUAUAUUUUACCGGCUGCUUCACACCCAUUAAAGAAGAGAGCAGAAUGCCGUUAGCCGCCUUGCUGCUUAUGGGGCCAAGCAGCCUUUAUUACUGGUAUCUUGUGACAGAAGGUCAGAUUUUUAUCCUCUACAUUUUUACGUUCUUUGCCAUGAUGGCUUUAGUCAUGCACCAGAAACGGAAAGGACUGGUCUUGGACAGCAACGGACUCUUCCUCUUCUACUCUUUCAUUAUUACAUUGGUCUUAAUUGGUGCUUGGGUGGUUUGGCUGUGGAAUGACAAAAUCCUCAGGAAGAAGUAUCCUGGCGUCAUUUACAUUCCAGAGCCCUGGGCCUUUUAUACCUUACACCUGAGCAAUCUCCAUUCGGCAAAGGAAGGUUUUUAAGCGGCGAUAUCUUCGGAGCGGUGGAUCUCUCGUUUUUCCUAAUGUGGGUGUGUUUCAAAUCAGUUACUGACUGUGGUAGCUGGACCGUGUGCUGUACGCGAACCCAACCCGGGGGCGGGGCUUUGUUUGGAUUGGAGGGGAGGGGUUAAGUCCGCUGUGAAAUACUUACCCUAGUGUGUUGGAAGUUACUUUCCAAACCUGCCGUCCUACACGUUCUAGUUUGCGUUCAGUGCCGGUACAUAACUGACCUUGGCGGGAGCGCUGACAGACUCCAGUCGGUAUCCGAACAGACUGCAGAAUGGCAUGCUCCUGUCGUACAGUAAAACUUGUCCUGAUCUAGCACACGGGGGGCAUUUCCCCCCAGUCUUUGGUAAAGGGCCAGCCUUUCCUUUCUGAGCUGAACGGGGGAAGUGCUCUCAUUCCUGGACCUCUGGAACAUGGCAUGCAAUGACUUUAGAGCAGCAGUUCUCAAACUGUGGAUUGGGACCCCAAAGUAGGUCGCAACCCCAUUUUAAUGGGGUCGUCAAGGCUGGCGGUAGACUGGCUGGGGUCCGGGGCCAAAGCCCGAGUCUACCAUCUGGGGCCAAAGCUGAAGACUGAGGGCUUCAGCCCUGGGUGGCGGGGGCUCAGGUUACAGGCCCCCCUGCCCGGGGCUGAAGCCCCAGUUUUGGCACCCCCACGUCCCCGCACGGGGUGGCAGGGCUCAGGUUUUGUCUUUGGCCCUCCCACCCAGGACAGCAAGGGUUUGGGCGGGCUCAGGCUUUGGUCCCCCCUCUUGGGGUCGUGUAGUAAUUUUUAUUGUCAGAAGGGGGUCGUGGUGCAGUGAAGUUUGAGAACCCCUGCUUUAGAGAGCCCUCCUCCUCUGAGCCUGGCACAGCCGAGCGAUCCAACAUCUUGGCAUGGAUCAUUGAAUUCAUCCCCUCCUCCCAUACUACGCAAAGGCAUCACGUAAGGGGCUGCACGGGGCUUGGAGGGGAAAGGGCAGUUCAGCCUACACUUGGUGGCUGCUCUUCCAGCCUGGAACAGGGGCUGCAACUGUGAGUGCCACUUACACCAGGGGUCAUGGGCACUCGUGUAUUUUAGACCCAUGGCCACAGUCUCACCACCCCGAUCCAUGCACUAGGCUCUCCUAUUGUGCACAGUUAAUGUUAACUGAGAGAGAAAGUGAAACUAACCAUCUUUGCACCCGUAAGUUACACAUUCCUCAGCUGCUUUAAAGCAGAGAACACCCCCGCAACAUGAACCAGGAACCAAAGAGCAGAUGCGUUUGGCAGCUCACUGCGUUUCUGAUCACAGGCGCUCAGCGGGUUAGGAUUUAAGGGAUAGCACCCCUUUGCCCCCUGGAUCCCGCUGCCAUGCACGGUGACUCUCGCGGGCUGGCUUUAGUUCCUCCUGCCCAUUGUGGAUUUGGACUUUGCGACUGUGCUGAACACUCUCAGGGAGGGAGACCGGCUAACACCACAGCAAUGAGGGGCAGGAAGGAUUGAUCAGACCACCCCGAGCUAGUCAGGACUGGGGGUUAGGGGGCCUGCACAAAGGGUUAAACACCUCCCUGGGCUAAUGACCUGGCUCACAAACCCUUCCCUUGCCCAGCUAUUUCCACCCCACCCACCCUAAUUUUUUCCCCCCAGCCCAGCUGUUCCCCACAUGCUUGUACCCCUGGGUCUUUCCGCUCACUCCUCUCCCUUCAUCCUCUUCCCAGGCAGGGUAGGAGCUGGUGUCUGGAGUGGUCUCUUUCUCAGGUCCCUCCUGGACCCUGGCAUCCCCCAGAGGGGAGGGGAGGGGGCUGCAGGUCCUGCCUGGUAUGGGGACUGGUGCAGUAGCGGGAUUCUGUCUGCACCCCUCCCCUCUCCACUGCUGCCUGCUUACUCUGCAGGUGCCCUUCAGCUGUUCCCCACUGACAAUACGUCACUAUAGGCUUAAAAAUAGUACCGGGUUUGAGGAAACUCCUGCACCGUAGCCGUCUAUAACCUGUCAGGAUAGUCACAACGACAUUAGCAGGCUGAGUGUGUCGCUUUUGACUCAGUGACUCGAUAUGCUUCUCGACUCAGUGAGAAUUUAACAAAUAGGUUUGACUAGAUUCCCGUCUCAGGACAGGACCGGAGUAGCCAGAGAUCCUUUUAAUCUCCCCUCCCACCCAAAGUCCUACCUUUGUUUCCUCACUCUCAGGUUAUACAGUAUUAAUGCAGACUUUGAUUUCCCUUCCUGGAAGUCUUUAACUAAAUAAAGCAGGAAUGACCCAGCGCUGCUCAGUUUUAACCUACCUACAGCUGAGAUGGACUUCAAUGCAUAUCUGCCAAUUCUUCAGCAUCUCCCCCUGCCUGGCAGCAUGGCACGGGGCUCUCCAAGCCUGCCAGGUUCUGAUCGCCAUCUGUGUCCGCUGGUAGCAGUGAGGCUUGGCGACCUUCAGUGCCACGCAGGAUCAAGACCAAAGGGUGUCUCUCUGCAGCUUCUUUGCUCCGCAGAGCUCAAGGGAAGACUCAUUUUGCUGGCGGGGCAGCUUGCCGAUAACUCUGUGAUGUGAAGCAGGCAAACCUGGAAAGAUAAGAGACGCUGGCGUCAGUUCUUGUACCUGGCAGCUCCCUGGUUCUGCGUUUCUUUUCAGGCGCCCCAAAAUGGGACCUGUUCAGUGAACAUUCAGUUGCAUUUGGCAGCUUGUCCAGCACAAUCUAAUGACCCCUUGAGUUGAAAGUGUCUAGGCAAGUGUAGAACGUACUGGACUUUGGUGACUCACCCACGCUCCUUCAUUAUUUUUGCAUGCUACAUCCAGUCUGGUGUCUGUCGCACCUUAUGUCCUUUGUAACACAACUCACUAAUUCUCUUCUGAUACUCAGGUAGCAAACAAUGCAAUAGGUGUGCAGAAUCUUUAUGAACUAAAGCUGUUUUUUACCUCCUGGAAUUCUUUGGCUAAAUCCUUGUUAUUUAUAUCCGUCACAUCGUAUUACACCCUAGUGUGGCACAACCCAAGUGUAAAUGAAGUGUUCUUCACAAAAACCCCAAAAUAAAAGCAUUUGUGUA